CCGUGAGUGCCACUCAGUUCUCAGUCUACAGCCGGCAGCGGGCACCCUCGUACAGCCAGCACCGGAAGUUUUCGUUAAACCGCAAACACUUGUUUUUUUUAUCGUUGUAUUAACUACCGAAUCAUGCGUGAGUGUAUCAGCGUCCAUGUUGGCCAAGCCGGCGUCCAGAUUGGCAACGCCUGCUGGGAGCUCUACUGCCUGGAACAUGGAAUCCAGCCCGACGGCUCCAUGCCCUCGGACAAACUCGCAGGGCACCACGACGACAGCUUCAGCACCUUCUUCAGCGAAUCGGGCGCCGGGAAUCACGUGCCCAGAGCGGUCUUCGUCGACCUGGAGCCCACCGUCAUAGACGAAGUGCGGACUGGAAUGUACAGACAGCUCUUCCAUCCGGAGCAACUCCUGACUGGAAAAGAGGACGCGGCUAACAACUACGCAAGAGGUCACUACACUAUUGGGAAGGAGCUCAUUGACCUGACCAUGGAACGUGUAAGGAAACUGGCUGACCAGUGCUCAGGUUUACAGGGCUUCUUGAUCUUCCACUCCUUCGGAGGAGGCACUGGCUCGGGCUUCACUUCCCUCAUGAUGGAAAGGCUGUCCUUGGACUACGGCAAGAAGAGCAAGCUGGAGUUCGCCAUCUAUCCUGCUCCACAGGUUGCAACCGCCGUCGUCGAGCCCUACAACUCCAUCCUGACCACCCACACCACUCUGGAACACUCCGACUGCGCCUUCAUGGUCGACAACGAGGCCAUCUACGACAUCUGCAGGAGGAACCUUGACAUUGAAAGGCCAACAUACACCAAUCUGAACAGACUCAUCGGCCAGAUUGUGUCUUCCAUCACAGCCUCUCUCAGGUUUGACGGAGCCCUCAACGUCGACCUGACCGAGUUCCAGACCAACCUAGUCCCGUACCCAAGAAUCCACUUCCCCCUGGUGACCUAUGCCCCAGUCGUUUCUGCAGCCAAGGCGAACCACGAACAGCUGUCUGUUGCAGAGAUCACCAGCGCCUGUUUCGAACCAGCUAAUCAGAUGGUCAAAUGUGACCCCCGCCACGGCAAGUAUAUGGCUUGUUGUCUCCUGUACCGUGGCGAUGUGGUGCCAAAAGAUGUCAACAGUGCCAUUUCCACCAUCAAGACCAAGAGGUCCAUCCAGUUCGUCGACUGGUGUCCGACUGGCUUCAAAGUUGGCAUCAACUACCAGGCGCCCACGGUCGUUCCCGGAGGUGACCUGGCGAAGGUGAACCGCGCCGUCUGCAUGCUCUCCAACACCACCGCCAUCGGAGAGGCUUGGGCGCGUCUGGACCACAAGUUCGACCUCAUGUAUGCCAAGAGGGCCUUCGUCCACUGGUACGUGGGCGAAGGAAUGGAAGAGGGCGAGUUCUCCGAGGCCAGGGAGGAUCUGGCCGCCCUAGAGAAGGAUUACGAGGAGGUUGGCCUCGAUUCCUCUGACGAGGUUGAGGAACAGCCGGAGGAAUUCUAAAGAGUGACUCCUUAGGUAUGAUCUCACUUGAGGCAGAAUGUUGAGUAGGGGAAAUAAAUAAUUUUCGUUCA